CGUGGCAAUAGGUUUGCAGUUGUGUCGUGAAAAUAGUAAAUGUCUUGUGCGAAUAGGAGUCUGUGUUCACAUUUUGUGUUAUUUUACUUUACUUUCGAUAUCGCAUAGCGAUAGUAAAAUUACUGAGUCAAAAAGCAUGGAUGGUAACAAAUUGUUUUGGAAACUCGGAGCUUUCUCCAAAUUUGAUUUUAAAAGGUUUGGUAAGGAUGCAGAACGAUUACAGUUAAAUAAAUGUGCAAUGGCAAUGGAUGAAUUGUUUAAAAACCUACCAGUAGAAUUUGUUGUCAAAAAUCGACCUCCCGGUGAUACGGUUUACCUAUUUUCAUGGGAUAACGAAAUAAACAAAGAUGACUGGAGAGCAGACGGUUACCGGUGGAGACAAGGAGGUUCAAGCGCGAAAGACAACUUAGCUAGAAAGUAUUUCAAAAUAUACACGGGGCCAGGUAGAUGGAGCAGUGAAUUCACACGCACUGCUAUCUUUCACCCUGACCACCCUAGGACUGUCCUGAUACAAUACUCAGGUGACGAGACCAAGGCAGUAGACUUUGCCCAUGGGAAUUCAACAAAAUCAUCCUCACAUUAUGUCAGAACUCGGCCUGGCCUCCUUAGAAAAAUUAAAGAGUGUGCAGGUAACGGAACGGCACAACAGUUGUUCCAAGAGCUGACCAGUGAGAGUCAGUGCAGCCCAACAUCGGCUCCACGUAAUAAGGAGCAGGUGCGCAACGCACUGAAAGUAAAUAGACGCAAGUUGAAAAAUUCAAAUGAUGCUUUGUACAAUCUGCAUGAAUUUGCAUAUGAGACUAAGUUUGUACGCUACAUCACAACCUUCCCAGAUUUGACAGCAGUGAUGUGGAUGGAUGAAAGUGUUCAAGUUUUUCAGGAGACUCUGAGAAACUCACAUACUGUCCAACAGCUGUCUUACAACACAUUUAAUCUCGGAGAUUUUUUCAUCUCAGUUCUUCAGUUUUGUGAGCUUGAAUUUGUGAACCCACCAGUUGUGCCCCUUGCCUUUAUGGUACACAAAAAAAAGACAACCAAGGCUCAUGAAAUUUUUUGGCAUCACAUGAAAUUAGCUUGCCCUGAGCUAAUAGACUGCAAGCAAGUUGUAAUUGUUACAGACCAAGAUAGCUGUAUAUCUGAGGCCAUCAGCUCAAGUGUCCCUCACCUGCCACAGUUCCUGUGUUGGAGUCAUGUUAUACAGGACUGCAAGCACUGGCUGUGUUUAAAUGGACUGAAUUCCUCAGAUGAGAUUACACAUUACAUAGACACUCUUCAAUCGCUCUUGGAAUCUACCAGUGAAGCUGCAUAUAAGGAUGCCUUAUUAACUCUUAUGCCUAAAUGGAACUCGCCUUUUUUGGACUAUUUUGUAAAAAAUAUCCACAAUGUUAUCCAUAAGUUAGGGUCCUGGGUGUUAAAAGAACAUGGGUUAAUAGAAAUCAGUGGGAACCAGUGUGAAGCUCUUCAUUCUCUUCUUAAAGUUCUUGAAGAUUGGAAGGAGCCUCCCAUUGAUUCCAUAGCACUGAGCUUGUACAGGCUUGCAGAGUUCAACAACACAGAAAUCCUCAGAGGACGAAAGCUAUUAGGGGAGUAUCAGCUGCGACCAGACCUCCAAAGAGUGUAUAAUGGUGAUGAUUCGUCUCUAGCACCAGAGACUAAUGUCCAGCAGGGCAGUGGGGCAGACAGGAAAAAAUCUGCUGGACCUUCUGUGUCCCUCUCUAGUGUCAGUCCAACAAAAGUAGGGCAACAGGUGAUUAAACAGAGACCUGCAGCUCAAGAUUCUAGGGUUGAGUCCAAGCCAGCAGCUACAAGUUCCAAGACCAGUGAUAUCCCAGCUGGUCAAAAUAAAAACAAAAAGAAGAAGAAAAAAACAGACGCCCAGCUUGCUGCCGUCAAAGAUGAAGAGAUAAGACACUUAAGAAAUAAGUAUCACAUCCACACAAAUGGCACAGAUGUACCAGAUCCACUAAGGGAUUUUGAUGAGCUGAAGACUGUGUAUGGUGUCAGUGAAGUUAUUCUACACAACAUAGAGAAGUUGGGCUACAAGGAACCAACUGGUAUCCAGCGACAAGCCAUUCCAGUUCUGUUACAGGGUCGUGAUUUGAUGGCUUGUGCACCCACUGGCUGUGGAAAGACAGCAGCUUUCAUUAUCCCAAUACUACAUCACCUGAAGGAGCCCCAGGGUGGGGGAUUUCGUGCUCUGGCUCUAGCCCCCACCAGGGAGCUGGCCAAACAGAUUUUGAGGGAGUUUAGGAAACUGUCCAAAGGCUCAGGACUUAGGAGCUGCUACAUUGAGAAAGAAAUAUCAGCUAUAAAGAAAUCUCAGCAAAGUUUUGACAUUUUGGUGACAACUCCUAACAGGCUUGUGUACAUGUUACAGCAAGAUCCCCCACUGAUAUCUGUCAGCAAUGUUGAGUGGCUGAUUGUUGAUGAAUCAGACAAACUCUUUGAGACAGGAAAGAAUGGCUUUAGAGACCAGCUAGGUGCCAUUUACAAAGCCUGCAGUUCUAGUAAACUCCACCGUGCCAUGUUCAGUGCCACAUUUGCCCAAGAUGUAGAGGAGUGGUGUAAGCUGAGCUUAGAUAAUGUCAUACAAGUUCACAUUGGGGCCAAGAACACAGCAGUAAACACAGUGGAACAGCAACUCCUGUUUACAGGUGAUGAAGAGGGCAAACUGAUAGCAUUUAGGAAUUUAAUAGCAGAGGGAAUAUCCCCUCCAGUGCUUGUGUUUGUCCAGUCUAAAGAGAGAGCCAAGCACCUGUACACUGAACUCAUGUAUGACAACAUCAACAUUGAUGUCAUCCACGCGGACAGGCCGCAGGACCAGAGGGACGCUGUCAUCAAAAACUUCCGCAUUGGUCAGACCUGGGUGUUGAUCUGUACAGAGCUCAUGGGCAGGGGUAUUGACUUUAAGGGAGUCAAUUUAGUCAUCAACUAUGACUUCCCCACCAGUGCUGUCAACUAUAUCCAUAGAGUUGGUCGUACUGGACGUGCUGGCAGACCAGGCAAGGCCAUCACAUUUUUCACAGAGGCUGACAAAACCAACUUGAGAAGCAUAGCAAACAUGAUCAAGCAGGCUGGAUGUCCAGUUCCUGAGUACAUGAUAGCCAUUAAAAAACCUAGCAGAAAAGAAAGGCGAAAGUUAGCCACCCAUGUGCCAGAGCGUAAACAAAUCCUUACUAUGGACCCCAGGGAGUACGAGAGGUUACAGCGUAAAAGAAAAUUUAGCCACAAAAAGAAGUCGAAACCAGCCAAAAAGCCAAAGACUGAAAGCUGAACUCUGUUACACUGAUGUUAUUUGGAUGCGUAUAGUUUUAAAAUUGAUAUAGCAAUUUCCAAUGUUGAAUAAAAUUUUAAUCUGCAAAUGGAUUAAGUUAAAUUCAAUUUU